AAUCAUCUGGUCAGCGGGGGAAGUUUACCGGUUUGUGAAGUAAAUCAGCUUCCGGUUGCAUCUCCUCAACUUCCUCUGAAAACAACACCACGUGUGUGAGGGGAAUGAAUGGGUAGCUGUCAGCUCCGUACACAUGCACGUUAAACGGCACUAACAGCCCAAUUUACCGCUCCCGGUUGAAACGCGGACCUCGCGGGACGGCCCACUGUGCUCGCCAUGAGUUUUGUGGAGUACUCGGACCUCAUUCGGGACGGUGACGUCGCCAUCGUCUACCUGGGCCACGAAUCCAUGAUGCACGUCAAGGUGAAGCAGGGCGCCCAGACGCAGACGCGCUACGGAGUCAUUCGCCACUCCUCCGACCUGAUCGGUCGGCGCUACGGGUCCAAGGUCACCUGCAGCAAAGGCGGGUGGGUCUACGUGCUUCACCCGACGCCGGAGCUGUGGACGGUCACCCUGCCGCACCGCACGCAGAUCCUCUACACCACCGACAUCGCCACCAUCACCAUGAUGCUGGAGCUGAAGCCGGGCUGCGUGGUCUGCGAGUCAGGGACCGGCAGCGGCUCGCUCUCCCACGCCAUCCUGCGCUCCGUGGCCCCCACGGGGCACCUGCACACGGUGGAGUUCCACCAGCAGCGGGCGGAGAAGGCGGCGGAGGAGUUCAAGGAGCACGGCGUGGACGGGCUGGUCACCGUCAGGAACCAGGACGUGUGCAAGGACGGCUUCGGGGUGAGCGGGGUGGCGGACGCCGUCUUCCUGGACAUCCCCAGCCCCUGGGAGGCCGUGAGACACGCCAAGGCGGCCAUGAAGAGACAAGGGGGCCGUGUGUGCUCGUUCUCCCCGUGCAUCGAGCAGGUCCAGAGGACGUGCGAGGCGUUGGCCGAGGAGGGCUUCGAGGAGAUCAGCACCCUGGAGGUCCUGCUGAGGGUCCACGACGUGCGGACCGUCUACCUGCCGCUGCCCGACUUCGGCGCAGACCUCUCCGCUCAGACCGACGACGACGCUGCCGCCCCCACAGAGACCAAGCCUCAGACCCCCGUCGCCUUGAAGACCACCACCCUGCCCAGAGAGAUGCAAGGUCACACGGGGUACCUGACCUUCGCCUCCAAACCCAGGACCUGAAGUCCUCCGGCUUCUAAUGCUCCCGUGUGUUUUUCCUCCACCAGAAUAAGACUGUGAUAAUCCGGGGGGGUGGGGGGGGGGGCACCAGGUCCCAACUGGCACCGCAGCACCAAGAGGAUUUAUAGUUUUGUUACGUAAUUUUAUUUUCCUCCUCUCACUUGGAACCGGUUUGUUGCUUGAAUCAAGCACGAGGAAAAACGAGUCGACGCAGAUUUGGUUUGAUAGGUUUACUUUCUGUUCUUUGUCCCCUUUCUAUGAAACUCUAUUUUAAUCAGUUAUUUUCAUCAUGAGGGGAAAAUAUCUACAUUUUGUAUUCAGGUGAAUAAAACAAGAAGAGAUCAAGAUCUACAAUAAGAACUCA